GUAGAGUAUUGGCUGCACCAUGAGCCCGAAAGGCUCGGGUCCCGACGAUGCAUUGGUCCGGGGGAGGUGGUCACCUUGCUGCACGAGAUGGCUCGGGGCAACAACAGCGCUUUUGGACUGGUCAAGUUGAGCAAACUGAAUCUGGACCAAGACCUGGUAGCCACGGUUCUAGUCCACAUUCUCCCGCCCGUGGUUGAUGCUGGUGUAGCUGCGGGUGGGGGAACAAGAUCUACCUCCGGCACUUUAACAAGAAGUCCUUGCAACAUCACGGAGGGGGAACAAGAUACCGCCGAACAAGCUGCUGAUCCUGGCAAGCAAGUAGACUCGGAGUCGUUCCGAGUUGACAUGUGUCUGAAC